AUGCUAAGUGACGUAUAUGCAAGACAUGGGUAUCCGGAUGUAAUUGUAUCCGACAACGCCACAAUAUUCACUAGCGACGAAUUCAAGCUGUUUUGCUCAAGUCAUGGCGUCUUCCAAAAGUUCAUUGCACCAGGCCAUCCAGCUACGAACGGGCUAGCCGAACGCAAUAUUCAAACGUUGAAACAACGUCUUAAAUGUAUGACAGACGACCCUCGUCCUAUGCGAAAAAAGUUAAGAGAAAUACUUUUCCGCUACAGGUCAACGCCAUUGAAGUGUGGAAAUACUCCAGCAGAACUGUAUCUGGGAAGACAGAUACGAAUUCAACUUGACACACUCAAACCACCUAAAGUGGAUAGCCAACGUACCGUUCAAAGACAUGACGUUCGUCAAUUAAAGGAGGGAGAGAGAGUACAAACCCGUUAUUACAUCAACAAUAAAAAGUCAUGGAAAUUCGGUACAAUCAUCAAAAAGUUGGGUCACCUUCAUUACAUGAUCAAAUUAGACGAUGGAUAUAUUCUCAAGCGCCACAUAAAUCAAUUGCGCGCAACAAGAGUUCCAUCACAUACUCCAACAGCGAGUUCGACUAACACGUCAUCACAAGAUUGUGAACCAUAUAGUUGUUCCCCAAAUUUUCAGGACCUCGUACAGGUUCCAACGAAUACAGAGAAUCGUCCAAGGUCAUCUGACAGCGAAGGACACAACACUCCGGUAACAACAACACCCCGGAGAUCCGAACGGCAGCGUCGGGCACCAGCAUACUUGAAUGACUACCGACGUAAUACUUAA